GGUCACAUCAAUGCCUUGACACAGUGAAAUGCAGAAGCUCAUGUUCGAAAAUAAGUGUUUUCGUUAUACUUCGCUCCCCUACUUGACGAUUUGUUCGAAUUGACGUAAAUUUUGUUGCAAUCGUAAACUCAAUACGCGCAACAAUUGUCAGCCAGCGACAACAACAACUUGAAUACGCAGCAGCCGCUACGUUCUGUUUUAACUCUGCCGGUUGCCAAAAGAAAAAGUAAAAAACGCCGCGUUUUUUAAUUAGUUUGUUAUAAAUUGGUAAAAACUUUUUUAAAAAUGAGUCGCCGACGCGCACAUGAUACCGAGGAUGAGAGUUUCGACCACAGGAGAAACAAGCGACGCCGCGUCUCAGAGAACCAAGAGAUCGAGGACCGCUUGGAGUCGCUUAUAUUGCGUGUGGGAGAGCGCAGCACCUCGUCGGUGGAGUCGAAUCUCGAGGGUCUUGUCUCAGUGCUUGAGGCCGAUCUGGGCACAUUCCGAUUGAAGAUCCUGAGGAUUCUGUCCGAUUGUGCAGUUCGCAUGCCCGAAAAGUGCACCGUAUACACGACCCUGGUGGGUCUACUUAAUGCCAAGAACUAUAAAUUCGGUGGCGAAUUCGUCGAUCAUAUGGUGAAAACGUUUAAGGAGUCUCUUAAGCUAUGUCGCUGGGACGCCGCACGCUAUUCACUUCGUUUUCUAGCCGACUUGGUCAACUGUCACGUCAUCUCAGCCACCAGCCUCCUACAGCUGCUGGACACAAUGAUCGAUGUGUCCAAUGAGGAUACAGUGCCGCAAGUGCGUCGCGAUUGGUUUGUGUUUGCGGUGCUCUCCACUCUUCCGUGGGUGGGCCGAGAUCUAUAUGAAAAGAAGGAGUCGGCACUGGAAUCCCUACUGCUGCGUAUUGAGGUGUAUUUGAAUAAGCGCUCGAAGAAGCAUCAUAAUGCGCUGCGCGUCUGGUCAUCGGAUGCGCCACAUCCGCAGGAGGAGUAUCUGGACUGCCUGUGGGCGCAGAUACGUAAGCUGCGGCAGGACAACUGGGCUGAGAAGCAUAUACCGCGGCCCUACCUUGUCUUUGACUCCAUACUGUGUGAGGCCCUGCAACAUAAUUUGCCGCAGAUCACGCCGCCGCCCCACCAUGUUUCGUUUGAGUAUCCAAUGCCGUGGGUGGUCUAUCGCAUGUUCGACUAUACCGAUUGCCCAGACGGACCCAAUCUGCCGGGUGCCCACUCCAUCGAGCGGUUUCUGAUUGAGGAACAUCUGCAUCAUAUCAUCGAGACGCAUCAUCAUGAGCGCAAGGACUGCGCUGCACAGCUGCUCAACUUUCCAUUCAAGCACAAGAUCCCAUUGGAGUACUGCAUUGUGGAGGUCAUCUUUGCGGAGCUCUUCCAUAUGCCGACGCCACGCUAUCUGGACAUUUGCUAUGGCUCCAUACUAAUCGAACUGUGCAAACUGCAGCCGGGCACCCUACCCCAGGUGCUCGCCCAGGCUACCGAGAUCCUGUUCAUGCGCAUCGACUCCAUGAACACCUCGUGCUUCGACCGCUUUGUCAACUGGUUUAGCUACCAUUUGAGCAACUUCAAGUUCACGUGGUCCUGGGACGAAUGGGACAGCUGCCUGCUGCUCGAUGCCGAACAUCCGCGCCCCAAGUUCAUACAGGAGGUGCUCCAAAAGUGCUUACGUCUGUCCUACCAUCAGCGCAUUACCGAAAUGAUGCCCACAACAUAUGCGAAGCUGAUUCCGGCCCCACCUGUGCCCAACUACAAGUACACGAACGAGGAGGCUGGUAAGUUCCAAAUGUUUUAGCCUAGAGUUGAUAAC